GGGGUUGGGCAGAACCAGGUUCCGUGCAACUUUCAAGUGAGUUACAAACUCCGCCCCGGACACUGCUGCAGGUGAUCAGCCACCCCGGGACCCCGGGGGUCCGUGAGAGCGGAGGUCGGGACCUGCCACCCUAACCCGGGACUAGCAGCGGCGCCCUCAACAGGCGAGCGCGCGGUUCUCCGCGACAGGAAUUGUCGGACUGAUUGCGCGGCGCGGGCCGGAGGAACGCGCCCGCCCUCCCCGCUCCCAAGUCGGUUUCCUCUUCAAGGCCCCACGUCCACUGGUUCCGGGUUCUCCAGGCUCCUCGCACUGUGGGGUAGGAGUCAGGGGUGGUGGUCUCUGCCUGCACCGAGGGACAGGUGUACUGCAGCGCCACUCGGCCCCUUGCCCCAGCUCCUGGGUGACCGUCCCUCCGGUUGUCUCUUGGGAUCAUCUCCAAGGCUAUCAGGAUGGUGUCCUGGAUGAUCUGUCGCCUGGUGGUGCUCAUAUUUGGGAUGCUGUAUCCUGCAUAUGCUUCCUACAAGGCUGUGAAGAGCAAGAACAUUAGAGAAUAUGUCCGGUGGAUGAUGUACUGGAUUGUCUUUGCCAUCUUCAUGGCCACAGAGACCUUCACGGACGUCUUCAUUUCCUGGUUCCCUUUUUACUAUGAGAUCAAGAUGGCCUUCGUGCUGUGGCUGCUCUCGCCUUACACCAAGGGGGCCAGCCUGCUUUACCGAAAGUUUGUCCACCCGUCCCUAUCCCGCCAUGAGAAGGAGAUUGAUGCGUGCAUUGUGCAGGCAAAGGAGCGCAGCUACGAGACCAUGCUCAGUUUCGGGAAGCGCGGCCUCAACAUCGCCGCCUCAGCUGCUGUGCAGGCUGCUACCAAGAGUCAGGGUGCUCUAGCUGGAAGGCUCCGGAGCUUCUCCAUGCAGGACCUCCGCUCGAUCCCUGACACCUCCGCUCCCACCUACCAAGAUCCCCUCUACCUGGAAGACCAGGUGCCCCGACGCAGGCCCCCGAUUGGGUACCGGCCAGGUGGCCUGCGAGAUAGUGACACAGAGGAUGAGUGUUGGUCAGACAAUGAGGUAGUCCCCCAGCCACCUGUCCGGCCCCGAGAGAAGCCUCUGAGCCGCAGCCAAAGCCUUCGGGUGGUCAAGAGGAAGCCAUUGGUGCGAGAGGGCACCUCGCGCUCCCUGAAGGUCCGAACCCGGAAAAAGACAAUGCCCUCGGACAUGGACAGCUAGAUUCUGCAGUCAGGCCAUCUUACCUCUUGAGCCAGCAGGGGACCUUUUGCUGCUACACCGGUUGCCUGGGCUCCGCCCCUUCUGGCUUCUGCAGCUGCCUAAGGGGGGGGCACACAUGG